CGUGACGUCUCGCUAACUUCAUUUAACCCACAAAGCCCGCAGCGUACUGUAGUAAGAAAGAUGCUCGAGUAUUAAAUACGUGCAAAUUCAUAUUUCUUCAGCUUUUGGAUUCAUUGUCGCAUGACGAUCGUUUUAAAUGCUUUGAUGGUGAUACUUGGAAAGAAAGCGUGGUAAGAAAAUGGGAGGGAGUUGUAGGAAGCGCUGUUGUGAAAGUGGAAAGUGUAACUUGCCGUGCAUACAGUGUUUUGACGGAGGAAUCCUAAAGCAAGAAAUAAAUCUCGAAAUCGGACCUUAAGGACUUCGGCCUGUUGGAUUGAAGGAGGGGUUGGUUCGAAGCUCGAGAGGGUAUCAAUAGUGGGUCAACGGGGCUGUAAAAGGACUAAAGGUUGGAAAAAUAUUUGAAGCCAAGUGCAAUUGGGAUCUGACGUUUCCUGAAAGAUUACGUUCUACAGCAGAUGGUGGAGAAUCUAUGCAUCGAGCUUUGCUCUGUCAAGUUUUAAAAUUAUUUGUUUUCAUGGGUUUAUGUAAAGAGAUUAUGUUCAAGACAUGACUUUUGUAUGGAAAACUGGCAAAAUAGAGAGACGCUGAAACGCAUGCCAGUGAGAACUGGGAUUCACAGGUUGUUUCGCUGGUCAGACCUCUGAGACGUUUCCGAUUGUUCUGCGGCGAUGUAAACGAUUUAUUGCAAUAUAUGAAGCAGAAUGGGAUCUCAAAGAAACGGUUUUAAGAAGGAAAUGUACGUUCUUUCUGUGGAUGUGGGUACAACGACUAUCCGAGGGCAUGUCUACGACAAAAAAGCGCACAUACAAGGUUCCUGCAGGAAAAAGGUCAGCCUUCUUUACCCCAAUCCUGGAUGGGUGGAGAUGGAACCUGAGGAGCUCUGGGAGCAGUUUGUCGCUGUGGUACAAGGAGCUGUGGACAAUGCAGGUUUACAGAUGAGUCAGAUCUCAGCCCUGGGGAUUUCGACACAGAGAGCGACGUUCACCACAUGGAGCAGGAAAACAGGAGUGCCAUUUCACAAUUUUAUCACCUGGCAAGACUUGAGGGCCACGGAACUCGUCAGGAUGUGGAACCAGUCUUAUGUUAUGAAGGCAGUCCAUUGGGUGACGAAAAUGUUACACUUCCUCACCAGGCAGAAGCGUUUCCUGGCUGCAAGCCUUGUUGUGUUUUCUACACAACACGUCACAUUCCGCUUGGCCUGGGUUCUCCAAAACAUAAAAGAGUUACAAGAAGCCGUUGAAGAAGACGAUUGCUUCUUCGGGACAAUUGACACCUGGCUGCUGUACAGACUUACCAAAGGUGCUGUUCAUGCUACAGAUUAUUCCAAUGCAAGUAGCACAGGAAUGUUUGAUUCUUAUCAGAUGUGCUGGAGUCGCUUUCUCUGCUCUCUCGUUUCCUUGCCGGUCUCCAUCUUCCCCACCGUCGAGAAUACUGGUCACAGAUUCGGCUCAGCUGAUCCCAGCAUCUUUGGUGUUCCAAUACCUAUAAUGUCUAUUGUGGCAGAUCAACAGGCUGCGAUGUUUGGUGAAUGCUGCUUUGACAGAGGUGAUGUGAAGAUCACCAUGGGAACAGGAACAUUUAUGGACAUCAACACUGGGAACAAGCCUCAUACCUCCAUGGCUGGAUUGUAUCCAUUAGUGGGUUGGAAAAUUGGCCCAGAAUUGAUCUAUUUAGCUGAGGGAAAUGCAGCCGACACAGGAAGUGCCAUUAAAUGGGCACAAGAGCUGGAGCUGUUCUCUGAUGUGAAGGCAACAGAUGCAAUGGCAAACAGUGUAGAGGACUCUGACGGAGUGUGUUUUGUUCCAUCCUUCAGUGGCUUGCAGGCUCCCAUUAAUGACCCCAAAGCAUGUGCCUCUUUCAUGGGCUUGAAACCGUCAACAACUAAAAGCCAUCUCGUCCGAGCUAUACUGGAAUCCAUAGCCUUCAGGAACAAGCAACUCUAUGAUGUUAUGCUACAAGAGAUGCACAUUCCAAUUACAAAUAUAAGGGUGGACGGAGGUGUGUCCAGCAACAACUUUAUCAUACAGCUGACAGCAGACCUCAUUUGCAAGAAGAUUGGCAGGCCCAGACACAUCGAUAUGUCCAGUCUCGGGGCCGCAUACAUUGCCGGGCUUGGAAUUGGUUUCUGGAAGAGCAAGGAAGACUUGAAGAAUCUGAAAUGCUUGGAAAAGGUCUUUGUCCCUCGGAAUGUUUCUCAGGACUAUAAUCCCAUCAUGGAAAACUGGGAGAAAGCUCUGAUGCGAUCAAUGCACUGGUACAGCAAACGAUAAUUAAUAACCGGGGAGCCUUCGGUUUUAAGUCUAUAAUCAACUUGGAACUUAAAUCCACAGAUGAGACAACUUCAGCCUUUGGCACCUGAUGACCACUAAUCUUAGUUUAAUAUUCUUUCCUAAAAAAAGCCUUAGUCAUUUGUUAAUUUCAUUCACGCCCACCCCAACUCCCCCAGUUUGGAACCUCCAAUUGUUAAUCAGCUCAGGUUUUCUUCUACAUUCCUCUUGCCAGCAUGUGCUGGAAUGAAGGCUGUUUGUGUGCUUUCCUUCCAGCAUGAACAUGUCAGAGCCAUCCGCUGUGUUUCAGAGUGCAUGUUCAACAGUGCCUUAACAAGAGAGUUAGCGUUGGUUGGAGAAGUGAUGGGGUAACGGGGGGGUGGCAGUUAAUUACAGUAAUGCUGCUGUCCUCGCAGCUCCAGGGACCUGGAUCAUCUGUCUGUGUGGAGCUUGCAUGUUCUCAUGUGGCCAUGUGGGGUUUUGCGGAGUGCUGCAGGUCCCUUCCACUUGCCAAACACACACUGGCUAGAUUUGAUAGACUAUUCUAAACAGUUGCUUUAUCUGUGGACCUGUGAUAGACAGGGAUCCAUGGCAGGGGGAGAGAGGUUCAUCUCUCUCUGUCCUGCCUUCUAGGCUGCUAGAAUAGGCUCUGGCUUUCCAUGGCUAUCAUCUGGAUGAGAACAGCUUCCUUAUGAUGGACAGAGGAGUGUCUGCUGGGCACUUUUAUGAGACAAACCGAGUGGACUUGUACAUGGCCAGACACUCUAGGACUUGCUCAGUUAUGCAUCACCGCUUGGAGAAUCCCUGUCACAAUCAGCUAAUGAUAUCGUCCAGACCUGAACUGGCAGAGCGUGGGGUACAGAUAUUAAGCUGUCCUACAAAUGAAUUCCUGUCUAAUUCCUGACAGAGCCUGUCACAGCACCUUGUUCCAGGUAUCAGGCCACAGAACGAACCUAUCACAAAAACAAAAUGUGCUGCUGCAUGAUUUUACUGAGGCAUUAAAGUAAAAUGAUUCAAUAUGUAUUAUUCUCAUGAAGGUUCCCAAGUAUUAGAAUACAUUGGGUGUAAAAAGAUGAUGUAUUGAGUGAUUACAAGGGAAUAUUACAUGAAGCUCUUCUGAAGAAUGCCAGGGUACAUGAUUUCAUGCGAACAAAAAAGUAAGUUAUAAAAGCUUUAUUUCAUGGCUGAUUCAAAAAAGACGUCAAGAUAUUUUCUUUACAUAUCCUGUUUAUUUUCUCGACCUGUUCUGAUCUGUGUUACUUUUAUAUUGGGGAGCAUAACUAACUAUACACUAUUUGCAAUGUAUGUGUUAAUGGGAGUGAUAUGAAGAAUGAGUAUCCCUUAUGAAUGUAAACAGACCAGCUAGUCCUUAAUAGAAAGAUUUGCCCUUUUGCCUAAUAUACUGUAAGUAAUAUGAUGUAUUUUUAUAUUUAUGCAGAAAUUAGGUGUCAUAAUAAUUCCAAAUGCUUCUCUCUUUAAUGAUGAUCAAAAAUUAUUUUUAACUGUGACAUACUGGCCAAAAUGAGGCCUGCACUUUCCCUUUUUUUUUAAUUAAAUGCUGUCAUUUAAUUUAAAAAAAACACAUUUUCACUCUGUAUACCUCCCUGAGGAAAGCAGUCUCUUCUGUUCCUGUGUAGAAGUGUGGGUCUUUCUUGGUCCUUAAUCUGGAAGUGUGCCUUUUUGUAUUUCUGAGGUUUACAGAGCUGGAUGCAUUAGAUGCAUAGUAUCUAAACCAAACUGCUUUGUUUAUUGUUUUGAGGAGGGAAAUAUGCAUAACUUUCAAACGGCAGCUUCCUGAACUUGUCCAACAGGUUGUAACAGGCUGAAAUACUGCUUUGCUUGUGAAAGAGGGGCAGGUGCCACACACAGAGGAGAUAUUAUUUCAUGGGCUGCUUUUUCUUCUUCCUUCGCUAUAGUAGUAGUUGUCUUUGCUCUUUGUCUCACCAAAGGUAUUGUCUGUUAUAGAGCAGUUUAUAGAUGCAUUUUAUUUCAGGCUCAGGCUUAUGUGCCAAUAUGUAUAACCAUCCAUUUCCUAGAAUUUGUUAAAUAAUAAAUUCAAUGUUUACAGGAUCUAAUUGAACACAAACACUGGGUAUAAUUAAACUGUGAAAAUGUACUCCUUUUUAAAAAUAGUAUAUUUUUAACUGGAGUAUUUACAUGUUUAAUUUUGAAAUGGAAUGUUUUUUAAUUCCAAAUCAUGCAUUUUUAAACUGCACUUUUAUAGUACUACCUCUGUACUGCAUUUUGCUGUUUUAUCACUAACACCAAGAUUUGUAUUUGCCAUGACUAUUACUUUAUGAUCCCAAAUUUCUGGAGGCUUCAGUUUUUAUAGAAAUGACAAUCUUGUAUAGCAAGGUUAAUGUCAUUUAAUUUGGGGGAGAGGGGUUGCUACCUGAUUACAACACUGUAGAAACGUAUUUCAAAUUGUUUUUGUUUCCUACAGCUGCUAAAAUAUGACAUCAUCAAAACUUUAUGCAUUAAAACCAUUAAUAUACUGUAUAUUUAAAGUAAUUAUAAAUGACCUCUGU